GCUGUUCGCUCCGGACAUGGCGGCGGUGUGAGCAGAGUCUUUGGGGCCUGCACAGCGGGAGGAGCCGGACAUGGCCACCCCACAUCGGGCUUGGGAAUAGUGUCACCUCCCUGCGGCCUACGGGGCCUUGAUCUCUGGUUCUUUGCUUGACGUGUGACUUCAGCCUGCUGUAGUGAUUGGGCAGCUGCUGGACAAAUGGUCACAAAGUAAUGGAAGGUGUCUCAAAGCCGGAUAAACAUGAGCCAAGGAGGGCAACAAGUCGCAGUGGCCAGGGUGAAAUAAAAGCUGUGAGAGUGGUGAGCAACCAGAAGUACAAGCACAGAGGGGACAUUAAGCCCGCAAGAGAUGGGGAUGGUGCAUCUCCGGUCAGUGGGAAGAAACAGGCUGAAAGCUAUAAUGAAAAUUUUGGAGGCUUGAAAACAUGUAAAGAGAACUCAACCAUAUGCACUACUGGAUCAAAAGAGCUGGAACCAAGUCUGCUGGUACAGAGCCAAUUAGACGUUCAGAAGUUGUCUCCACAACAGUCUUCAAACACCAAGCAACCUGCAGGCUCAGAACACAAUGCUACAGAUCCGAAGUAUCCGAGACCUCUAGACAACUGCACAGGAACAAAGCAAGUGAAUGUGAGCGCUGGGGCAGCUGUGAGUGAGAGCAAAUGUAGCGUCAUGGCGGCUACCGCAAAUAAGUCCCCAGAGAACAACAGCCUCAUGGAGGCUACUCAUGUAGAAGCAAGAACAGCCGUACAAGAUCCUGCCCUGGCAGAGGAGGAAUUGGGUCUAAAACAAGCAGAAGAAAGGGUGGAGCGAGAUUUCAUUUACCGCCUAGAAAAGAGAUCGCCCCUUUUCCCCAACUGCCAGUAUUACUGCAAACUGUGCUAUAUACACAUUGAGAACAUCCCUGGAGCUCACAAGCAUAUCAAGGAAAAACGGCACAAAAAGAACAUCCUGGAGAAGCAAGAAGAAAAUGAGCUGCGAAACCUGCCCCCUCCGUCUUCUGCCCAGAUCACUGCUUUGGAAGAUGCUCUGCGGAAAACUGUUAAAGAGCAUGGGAUAUCCCAAGAGGACUUUGCAGUCCGACAAGAAAUAGUCUGUGAGAUGGAGAAGAUCAUCCAGACAAAAUUAGAAGACUGUUCCCUAAGAAUGUACGGAUCCUCCCUGACCAGAUUUGCAUUUAAAGCAAGUGACAUCAAUAUAGAUAUAAAGUUCCCACUGCCGAUGAGCCAGCCAGAUGUCUUAAUUCAAGCACUGGACAUUUUGAAAAACUCUGUUCACUAUACAAACGUCGAGUCAGACUUCCAUGCUAAGGUUCCUGUUGUGUUUUGCAAGGACAUUAAAAGUGGGUUAGUUUGCAAAGUGAGUGCUGGGAACGACACAGCGUGCCUUACCACCGAGCUCCUGGCGACUGUUGGCAGACUGGAGCCAGUUCUCAUCCCACUUGUAGUGGCAUUUCGCUACUGGGCAAAGCUGUGUCACAUAGACUGCCAGACAGAAGGCGGAAUCCCUUCAUACUCGUUCGCCUUAAUGGUGCUGUUUUUUCUCCAGAAGAGAAAGAGACCCAUCCUGCCGGCGUACCUUGGGUCCUGGAUAGAUGGGUUUGAGACGAAAAAGCUGGAUGAUUACUGUCUAAAGGGAGUGUCCGAGGAGAGGUUCCUGCACUGGGAGUACAAACUGGCAAACAGUGAGAACAAGAACUCAUUUGCGGUAGACGGGAGAGAGAGGGCCGAGCAGCAGAACCACAGAAGGUCGUCAGAGGCAGAGAACCGGCGGAACAGAGAGAAGCAAGGCAAGUCCCCGUUGGUAUUCAAGCACCGUCCCAAUGUGCUCCUCGGGCAGCUAUGGCUUGAGCUCUUGCGAUUUUACACGCUAGAGUUUGCGAUGGAAGAUAAUGUGAUCAGUGUACGCGUGCAAAAUGUAAUAACCCGUGAGAGCAAGAACUGGCCGCGAAGGCGGAUAGCUAUCGAAGACCCUUUUGCACUGAAGAGGAAUGUUGCAAGGAGCCUUAAUAGCCAGAUGGUGUAUGAAUACAUUGUCGAGCGAUUUCGAUCAGCUUACAGAUAUUUUGCAUGUCCACAGAGCAAGGAGCUCAAUAAGUCUAAAAUAGACAGCAGGAAGAGAGCAAAACUUAACAGCCAGAAGUCAUCAGCACCUUCAGAUCUUGUGGCCAAUGGCAGUAACAUAGGAAGUGGAUCCUGUGAAAGUGUAGAACAGGGAGAGAAGAGCCGUUGUGGGCUAGAAGAAGCCUGCAAUGGGCCACUAAGUUCUUCAUUAAUGGAGGUUACUAACAACUUGCACAGCUUAAUUGUGGACAAUAACUGUAAUGACCACCACCAGGAGGAACAAUCAGUUGAACAUUUCAGUGAGGAAGAGGACUCAAAUGUCACUUGCAAUGGUAAGGAACUCUUAGCUACUAAAGACACGCACAAUACUACUGAAGGAAUGAGUAAUGCAGGAACGGAUUGCGCCCCAGAUGCUACCUCGCCCAGUGUCACAGAAGGAAACCUCUCUGAGCAAGAUUUGCAAUAUGUGUUUGAUCAGUUUAUAUUUACAUCUGGGAAGCCCCCAACCAUAGUGUGCAGCAUCUGUAAGCGUGAUGGUCACUCUAAGGACGAUUGUCCGGAGGAUUUCAAGAAGAUAGAUCUAAAUCCUUUACCCCCAAUGACUGCCAGGUUCCGGGAAAUUUUGGAUCGAGUAUGCAAGAGAUGCUUUGAUGAAUUAUCGCCAAAUGCUUGUGAGCAGCAAAACCGCGAGCAGAUCCUUGCUCAUCUGGAGCGCUUUAUCCGGAAGGAGUUUAAUGGUAACGCAAGACUCUGCUUGUUUGGCUCUUCCAAGAAUGGGUUUGGCUUCCGAGACAGUGACCUUGACAUCUGUAUGACCCUGGAGGGCCAUGAGAAUGCAGAGAAGUUAAACUGCAAGGAAAUAAUUGAAGGCUUGGCGAAGGUUCUGAAAAGACACCCAGGUUUAAAAAACAUUUUGCCCAUAACCACAGCCAAGGUCCCAAUAGUGAAGUUCGAGCACCGGGAAAGUGGUGUUGAAGGAGAUAUCAGCUUGUACAAUACACUUGCACAGCACAACACGAGAAUGCUGGCAACGUAUGCAGCCAUCGACCCUCGGGUCAAGUACCUUGGAUACACUGUCAAGUUUUUUGCUAAGCGCUGUGACAUUGGUGACGCAUCCAGGGGCAGCUUAUCUUCAUAUGCGUAUAUUCUGAUGGUUCUGUACUUCCUACAGCAGAGGAAGCCGCCUGUCAUACCGGUACUGCAGGAGAUUUAUGAUGGGCAGGAGACCCCACAGCUCAUGGUGGAUGGCUGGAAUGCAUUUUUCUUUGAUAAUACAGAAGAGCUGAGAAAUCGUUUUCCUUCUCUGGGAAAGAACGCAGAAUCAGUUGGCGAGCUGUGGCUCGGGUUUCUAAGGUUCUACACGGAAGAGUUUGAUUUUAAGGAAAAUGUUAUCAGCAUCCGCCAGAAAAAGCUGCUGACAACGUUUGAAAAACAGUGGACUUCAAAAUGUAUUGCUAUUGAAGAUCCUUUUGAUUUGAACCAUAACCUUGGAGCUGGCGUAUCUAGAAAAAUGACUAAUUUCAUUAUGAAGGCUUUUAUUAAUGGAAGGAAACUAUUUGGGAUCCCGUACUACCCUCAGCCCGGAUAUGAAGCAGAGUACUUCUUUGACUCUAAAGUCCUGACCGAUGGGGAGCUGGCUCCAAAUGACAGAUGCUGUCGCGUAUGUGGGAAGAUUGGGCACUAUAUGAAGGACUGUCCCAAGCGCCGGCGGAUUAAAAAGAAGGAGAAUGAGAGAGAUGAUGACAAGGAUCUGAAAGAGGAGGAGAGAGAUCCGAGAGAGAGGAGAUGUUUCAUGUGCGGAGAUGUGGGACACUUUAGAAGAGACUGCCCUGAGAACAAUCCCAUGCGGCAGAAGAAUAACAGCCUUAUGGCGUCUCAGCUCCUUCAGAUUCUUCAGCAACCAGUACUUCAACCACUGCAACAAGUGGAGCUCCCGUCCCGUACCCGGAAUACCUCAGAAUCUUCGGAAUCCCAUCACUCGUCCUAUUCUCCGCAGCCUCAGGCCUUCCCACAGGCGCAAUCCACGCCGAGCAAGCUGAUUAGUCAGCAGAAGCCCCCUGCACAGAAUCCUCACCAGGUUCAAAGGAACAUAUUUAACUUUUCCCACUCUCCCCCCACUCACUAUUCUGCUCUGCACAACCUUGGGUUACUUCCUCUGCAGCCCCAGAUCCCUAUCCCAAACAGCUCUUGGCCUAUCCAUGGCCAGAUGCUACGCUGCUCCUCGGGAAAGCCCCCUCACCCCGGUGGUGUUCCCUUCCCAGUGAGAUCUGGCAGCAGCACCCCUUCCACCACUAAUCAGAGUGCCGUGAACCUCAACGAUCCCAGUAUCAUCUUCGCUCAGCCUGCUGCCAGGUCUCUGGGGGUCCCCAACUCCACUCACGAUGGACAGUGGCACAGCUCCCAACCCCCCAGCACACUGGUGAGCAACGGCACAACAGGUAGCACAGAUCAGGGAUUCCAGGGACAGUUUGGAAAGCCCCGUCCACCAUGGGACCGUGGCGGCUCUGCGCACAUCCCCCUUCUCCCAGCAUCGUGGCCUUACAACUUGCCCCAGAACUUUCUGCAGCAGGGACCCAGCAGCUUUCAUUCAAAGCCUUUUUAUUCUCCAGGUGCCUCCUUGAUUCAGAAUGGACAACAGUUACCAGUGUUAUCUCAAGGUCACCCGCACCUGAACUCCAGCUACAUCCAACAGAAAAAGUGACCCCGUUAAUGAUCGCACCAGUCAGGCUCUGAUAUCUCAUUUUAAAAUUAAAAUGUUUUAGAUAUUAAAAUAUUUAAUCCCGACGCUCCCAAGAGGUCUGCUGAACGAUGCACUAUCAUGCAAGGCAUCUUGGGAAGGAGGGUUUUUAAUUUGUAUCAUUUGUAAAUAUGUGAGGUUUAGUUUUACUGAAAUCACUCCUGUGAGUGAUGCUAAUUUCUUUUAUUGCAUUCCCCCAUUUUAAGGGGAGUCUUGAGUUUUAACUGAUCAAGUGUAUAAAAAAAACAAAAUCACAGAGAGCAUUUUAUAAAUAAAAUUAAGUUCUUUAUUUUCUAUUAGCUUUGUUCAUACAUCAGCUGCUUAAAGCUCUCUAUAAAUGUAUAUAUUUUAGUUACAAAAAGAGGAUUUAAAAAGAAAAGAACAUAAUUUUUUAAACGUCUUUUAUUAUUUGAGUCUGAAUCAGGUGCCAAAAAUAUUUUAAAGCAAUGUCAUUUGUUUUGGUACAAACACAGAGUUGUUUUAUUCAAUUCUCUGCCCUCCCCUUCCCAUUAAUUGUAAAGACUUUUUUUUUUAUUAAAAUGAAAUUCCAAGAUGCAAAUCAAUGUUUGAUAAAUUGGAUUCUUCAUUUUUAAUAAAACUGAGAACAUGGUUGAAGCAUUCAA